GAUUGACCCAAGCCCGUGGAGGAGCGCCAAGCGCCCUUUCACCUCUGCUAUCUCCCCAGCCAGGCUUCAGAGGCAGAGCAGUGCUGCCCAGGAAGGACGCCAAAGCCCUCCCCUGCACUGACGCCACGGGCAGGGAUGGAGAGCCAGCUGCUGGUGGGGGGAAAGUGCCCACACUCUUCCUGGAGGUCCCUUGUCUCCUGUGAUGUCCCAAGCCGAGGAAGCCAAACACUGUUAUUUGGGACUUCAGGUGGUGACCCUGAGGCUUUCCCAGCAGAGGAAGAGGGAUGGCACCUCCUCCCCAUCUGCAGGGGCUUACCCAAGGCAUCUGCAGUCACCCACAACCCACCCCAAGCUGCUGAGGCUCCACUGGGACAAUGGGAUGUGCCCAUCUGAGGUUGAACCAUGGAUAUCAGCCUUUCCACGCUGCGGGGGACAACGAUGGAGAGGGAUGCAUAUGACAGUGACACCUGCAUCCCUGGGACAGCCUGGAGGUCCACGGAAGGCAGAAUCACAUCAUGGCAAAGCAGGCUUUGGGGAUUCUUCUAGGAAGCACCCCAGCUGAGCAGGGUGACCUGUCCCAUGGAGGGGUGAGCACAACGGGGUGCAGCUCACGCUGUUUUUUUUCUGCCUGUGCCACCUCCUGCCCACAGCCCUGCACGUGGGUGUGGGGGUUGGCAGAGGUGGUGGAGCGAGUUGGUUUGUUUUCCCUCUGCUUUGUUUCAAAAUUCCUCCUCCUUCGGUGCCUUGCGAAACCAGACUGAGCCCACACCGCCCUGGCACCACCGCGGCCAGUGGCCUCCGUGUCACCCCGGGAACGCUCCUGGCUGAGCGUGCUGCCACCCCCCAGGGCCUCUGCUCCGCUCCCUGUCCCCCUGCUGCCACCCCAAAUGCUUGGCACCAAAGUCUCCCAACUUUCUGCCUCCUCUCCUGUGCACUAACCAAGCCCUCCCGUGCCGUCCCAGGGGUGUUGCUGGAAAAGAAACGCCUGGGGUGCCCAGGGUGAUGGCAAAAAGGCCCGGGAGGGCUGUGCCGGGGCUCUGCAGUACUUACGGAGGAGCUGGAGGAGCAGUGCGGGACCGAGGGCGGCUGCAGCCGGGGGUCACCCAGGACUGGAGGCGGCUGGUCGGGGCAGGGUGAGCAGCCGGGGGGGAUCAGGGGCUGCGAGUUGUUUAGCUACAGCUUUGCAAAAUCCACCUGCAAAUCUCCGCCUGGAUCAGAGGCUUAUUGCAGAUCGGAAUUAAACCCCUUUGGCGUCGGGAAGGAUUGGGGAGCUGGGAUGCCUUGUUUUGCUUGUUGUUUAUGAAUUAUCAGGGCAGGUAACUGGCUCAGGACUGACGCUUGCUGUCACACUUCUGGCCAGCCUUAGUGGCUGGCAGGUGACUGUGUGCCACCAUCUGUGUGCCCACUCUGGGCUGGGCUGCCUGUGUGGGGUUGGAGGGGCAGUGAAACACCAGCAGGUUCAACUCCACAUGCCUCAGAGUAAGCCUGGGCUGUUGGUUCACUCUGCCUGGCCCUGCUUGUCCUCCCCGGGGUUUGUUGUUGUAAGACUACUGGCCCAAAUGAGGAGCAAAUGGAGAAGGUAAUGAGGGCUGUGCUGUCCCCGUGCCCCCUCCUGCUCACCGGCUGCCACAGAUGGAGAGGGGCAGGGAGGGCCCCUGGUGACAAAUUGUGCUCAGAGCCGAGCAGGGUCCGGCCGGCGUUUGGACAGGGGUGUUUGGAUGCUGAUAGCAGAGCUACAGUGGGGACCAUUUGCUAUUUUCUUUACUUGUCCCAAACUGAAACAUUCCCGGGAGCAGCAGGUGACCUGUCUGUCAGUGGCACUUUGCCUCGAGCACUUGGGCAGGAGCAGUGGGCAGGGAGGGGAUGGGGGGCAGUGCUGAGGGGUAUCAGCCUUGCACCCUCGUAUCAAGAAGUUUUUCUGUACCUCCCAGUGUGGUCUCAAAAUGCCAAAGGAGAGGGCAGGAAGAACAGGCUAGUGUGUGCUUUCCUCAGCGUGGGGAAAUGGGACCUGGCAGCUCCUUGGGACAAUGGGCCAUGGAUGCCUGAGCAAGAUCACUGCCUUGCCUCUGCCUGGGGUCCAGCCCUGCCACCUGUCUUCCUUCCCUGUCCUCCCUUGCUUAUCCCAUCACUUGCCUCCUGGCUGCUCUGUGCUUGCCUCCAAUGCAGCCCAUCCCACUGUUCCCAUCUUGCCUGUUUUACUGUCCCCAUCACAAGCCCCCCACAUUGUCCCCAUGGCAUGCCCAUCAUGCAGUCCCAUCUCAUGCCCAUCAUGCUGCCCCAACACUCUCCAUCCCUUCCCCCUCCCUUAUGUAAAGGGCUACAAAGAACACUUAAUCAUCCUUGUUAAUUGUCUCUGCUCUCCCCUGUUCCCCCCCUGGGGAUUUUCUCACGAAUGGUGUCUAACUUUUCCCUUGUGUGUUUUGCUUUUCCACCAGAGAUGCAGCCCCUCCGCCCCCAGGCCCCCCCCGCCCUCUGUUUACACAACUGGGACAAAUUUCACACCGCAGGGACUGCUGUCCCCACACCCCCAAGUCCUUUGCUCCCCUGCCCCAAAGAAUUUGUGAGUCACCGCCGAGGCAGGGCUAUAAAUGUGUCCUCACCGAGGGUCUGCAGCGUCAGAAGGGACAGUGUCUCCUGCCACCAUGCAAGCUGCUGCCUGUUGCCUGCCUCCCCACGGGCUCCGGGUGCCUGUGGCCACUGCUUGCCCAGCUCUGGGGCUGGAGCAAGGGGGAAGACCCCUUCCUCUCUGGAGACCGUGGCUACCCCGAGCCCAGGAGGGACCCGGGAGGCGGCGGGAGCAGACGGACCCUGCUCAGACUCGGGACGCAGUGAGGGAUGGCGGCCCCGACAAAGCGCUGUCUUUCUUCCGGCACCCGGUCAGGCUCCUCUGGCCCAAGUCCAAGGCCUUUGACCACCUGUACGGCGUCGGGGAGAAGCUGCUGGAGAACUUCCCGGUGCAGGCCACCCUCUGCUUUUAUGAGGACUCGGGCAGCGAGGAGGAGGAGGAGGAGGAGGAAAAAGAAGAGGAGGAGGAGGAGGAGGCAGGGGAUGUGACAGCGGGUCUCUUGCCGCAGGCUGGCAGCGCCGGCCCCGGCAAGCCGCUGUGAGACGGCAGGCAGGGGCAGGCGGACCCUGCUGCGAGCGGAGCGGGCACAGACCCCGCCCGGGGCUCUCCGCCCGCCCCCGGGGCCGCGCCCUGGGCUGUGCGGGGACCGCGCCACCGCGCGGGACUACAACUCCCAGCGGCCACCGCGGCACCGCCCGGCAGCCGCAGCGCGCCCUCAUUGGCUGUCGGUACGAGCUGGGCCGGGGUGGGAGCUCGUGGCCCCGCCCA